ACAAACACACUUGUCUUGACUUGAGUCUUGAUAGCUUCAGGAAGUUCAGACAGGCUUGGUGCAGCUCAGGCGUUGUCAUUCUCAAUUAUUUUUCUCCUUCCCUUUGAAUUAUAAAUUUUCUUCUUCCUUCUUGACCCAAUCAACUACAAAUCAUGUCUGGUAGUUCGAGCGUUUGUGAGAUCGAUCCUGAGCUGAAGGCGAAGUUGAGAAAAUUUCGCUUCCGAAAAGAAACAACCAAUGGAGCCAUUGUUAUGAAAGUUGAUAAGGCAGCUCUCCUCGUGAAGGUUGACGAGGAGUAUGACGAUAUUCCUCUCGAUGAACUGGCAGAAGAGCUGCCAACGUCUCAGCCUAGGUUUGUGGUGUAUAGCUAUAAGUAUGAGCACAAAGAUGGCCGUCUGUCCUAUCCUCUCUGCUUCAUCUUCUACUCACCGGAAGGUUGCAGUGUUGACCUAAAUAUGAUGUAUGCUGGUUCUAAGACUUCGCUUACCAAGGAGGCAGAUAUUGGAAAAAUCUUCGAAGUGCGUUCCACAGAAGACAUCACUGAAGAAUGGCUGAAAUCCAAGCUGGGUUUCUUCCAGUAAGGCUCGUUCGAACCUGCCAGGAGUGACUUUCAUGCACUUUUUGUCUUACAUAAUGUACAUGCGAGAUGAACUUUCGCUUGUAUCUCAUGUACUGUAUAUUUAUGUACUGAUCAUCAGCAUAUUUCAACCGAACCCUCAUACCACAAAGAAUAUUGUUCUCCUAAGUAUUUAGCACCAGUGCCCUGGUACAAAUCAGACCGUUUUCCCUUGAACUUUCAUGAUUUAUGGCAUUUUUUCAGUGAGUGCUGGUUCUUCACUCUGAAUUUCAAUCUUCAGUUUUUCCCCCAAUGCUCUAUGAGCGUGACACAUAAGCAUUGGGAGGACCCGGUUACAUGUCUAUAAACUA